AACUCCGGGACAGAAAAUGGCGACGGCGGGGAGCCGGACCUCGUCGUCGGGAAUUUCUGAGUUGAAUAACGGCAUAAACGUUGGAAGUGCUUCUCAGGGCAAUUCAGGUUCCCCUGGUCUUCCGAGCAGUCCCGGCGCGGCGAAGAACAGGACCGGGGAAAACUCACAAUGGAGACGCAAAGACCUGCGGAAAGUGAGAAGUGUGGAUCUGGACAAACCUGAGUCGCUGCUCCUAUCGCCAGAGACCGGGACGGCUCCAAUAUCAGCCCAGCUGCACUUCUUGUCCAUUUCCUCGCCUGGUGCAGUGCAGGCGACUCUGCUACAGCAGACUCGCCACAUUCAGCAGAGCAAUUCUGUAACCGAUCGUCCGCUUUCCGAUAAUACGAGUAAUACUAAAAGUUUAUCUACAGCCGCUCAGGAAUUGUUGAAUACUUCUUUAAAAAACAGCAGCGACCAUCUCUGCGCUGAUUAUGGUGCCCCCGGAACUUCUGUGGAUGUAAUCGCCACACAAAAUAGUCGAGAGAUGGACAGCAAGGACACCCUGCGGGGGCUGCAGAAGAUGGAGGACCGUCCAGAGGAGCGGAUGAUCCGGGAGAAGCUGAAGGCCACCUGCAUGCCCACCUGGAAGCAUGAGUGGCUGGAGAGGCGGAGUAGGAAGGGGCCUGUGGUGGUGAAGCCCAUCCCGCUGCGGCCGGACGGCAGCGAGGCGGGUCGGCAGGGGGCCGAGGGCGGAGGGGACGCGCAGACGCCCACGUCCCCCCAGUCCCGGGGCCGCCGCAGCCCCUCUCCCGGCCCCACCUCUUCCUCCUCUUCCUCUUCCUCUGGAAAGAACGGCGGGAAGCCCGAGUCUCCCGGUGUGCGCAGGAAGAGAGCGUCCCCGGUCCCAUUUCAGAGCGGGCGAGUCACCCCCCCUCGACGUGCGCCCUCCCCAGACGGUUUCUCCCCUUACAGCCCCGAGGAGACCAACCGCAGAGUGAAUAAAGUCAUGAGGGCCCGCCUCUACCUGCUUCAGCAGAUUGGGCCCAACUCCUUCCUGAUUGGUGGAGACAGCCCCGACAACAAAUACAGGGUUUUCAUUGGCCCGCAGACCUGCAGCUGUGGCCGAGGGACCUUCUGCAUCCACGUCCUCUUCGUCAUGCUCCGGGUUUUUCAGCUGGAGCCCUCCGACCCCCUGCUCUGGAGGAAGACCCUCAAGAACUUUGAGGUGGAGAGCUUAUUUCAGAAGUACCACAAUCGGCGUAGCUCGCGGAUUAAGGCCCCUUCGCGCAACACCAUUCAGAAGUUUGUCUCCCGCAUGUCCAACUCGCACACGUCGUGCACGUCCAGCACCUCGUCGUCCGGGAACGAGAACAGCAGUCUGAAGGACGAGGAGGAGCAGAUGUGUCCCAUCUGCCUGCUGGACAUGCUGGAUGAGGAGAGCCUGACCGUGUGUGAGGAGGGCUGCAGGAACAAGCUGCACCACCACUGCAUGUCCAUCUGGGCUGAAGAGUGCCGGAGGAACCAGGAAACCUUAAUCUGCCCCCUCUGCAGGGCCAAGUGGAAGUCACAUGACUUUUACAGCCAUGAGCCAGCCUCCCCAUCGGACGGUGCAGGCGGUCGCUCCCAGAAUCAGGCAUCAUCUCAGAGUGAGGGGCAGAGGCAGGCCCAGGAGGGGGACUUCACGCUCCCUCACUACGGGGUCCAGCAGAUCCCCCAGGCCUACAGGGAGCUGGCCGAGCCCUGGAUCAAGGUGUUUGGGCUGGAGCUGGUGGGGUGCCUGUUCUCCAGGAACUGGAACAUCCGGGAGAUGGCCCUGCGCCGGCUCUCCCAUGACGUCAGCGGCGCGCUGCUGCUGGCCAAUGGGGAGCGCUCGUGUCUGGGGGCGGGGCUGGGCGCCGCGGCGACGGGUCGGGAGGCCUCGGGGGACGUGGUGGUGGAGUCCUGCUGCAGCGUCCUCUCCAUGGUCUGCGCAGACCCCGUCUACAAGGUCUACGUGGCUGCACUGAAAACACUGAGGGCCAUGCUGGUGUACACCCCCUGCCACUCUGUGGCCGAGAGGACCCGACUGCAGCAGCUGCUCCGGCCCGUGGUGGAGACCAUACUGGUCAAGUGCGCAGACGCCAACAGCCGCACCAGCCAGCUGUCGGUGUCCACGCUGCUGGAGCUGUGUAAGGGCCAGGUGGGAGAGCUGGCUGUGGGCAGGGAGAUCCUCAAAGCAGGGUCUAUUGGUAUCGGUGGAGUGGACUAUGUCCUGAACUGCAUCCUGGGAUCCCAGACUGAAGCCAAUAAUUGGCAGGCCCUGCUGGGACGUCUGUGCCUCAUCGACCGCCUCCUGUUGGAGUUCCCAGCCGAGUUCUACCCCCACAUCGUCUCCAGCGGGGACAUGCACCAAUCACAAACUCUGGUCGAGAGGUAUCAGAAGCUGCUGCCGCUGCUGAGCUUUGCGCUGCAGUCGAUCGAUAACUCCCACUCCAUGGUGGGGAAGCUGUCACGCCGCGUGUUCCUGAGCGCCGCCCGCAUGGUGGCGCGCGUGCCGCACGUCUUCGUCAGGCUGCUGGACAUGCUGAGUGCCACCAGCUCCACGCACUACGCCCGCAUGCGCCGCCGUCUGCUGGCCAUCGCCGAGGAGAUGGACAUCCUGGAGGCCGUGCACCUGGGCCUGGAGGACCCGGCGCAGCACGAGCUCCCAGAGCCCCCGGCCCCGCACAACUCUCCCCACGCCACCGAGAGCAACACCCCCACGCCCACCGUGCAGCUGGCCCCCAGGGCCCCCCGCUGCGCCAGCCGGCCCCAGCGCAGCUGCAGCCCCGAGGACCCUGCGGAGCGGCUGGGUGCCGCGGCCCCGGGGCCCCCUGCCCUGGAGCCCCAGAAACCCCCGGUGCAGACACGGAGUCGGACCCUGAGCCAGUGUCCCAGCUCCCCUUCCUCCGGUCCCGGCCCCGCCCUGCCCUCCCCUUCCGCCUCGCACCCGCCCCCCUUCCCGGGCCCCGACAGCCCCAAGACCCGCCCUCAGGGCUUCGCCCCCCCGGGGAAGCUGGCCUCCUCCUCCCCCGGGGCCCAGCGUAGACUCCCCCCGCCCAAGCUCUCCUCCCCCGCCACCCCCGCUGAAAAACUGUCCCCCGCCUUCACCCAGAGCCGCCCCCUCCCCGCCGGGCAGAUCCACAGACCAAAGCCCUCGCGGCCCCCCUGCACGGAGGGGCGGGGGCCGGGGCCGGGACCGGCGGGCAGGGGGGCCCUGAGGCUGGAGCUGCAGGAUGGGGCCUGCGGGGGCCGGCCAGGGCCCGGGGCCCUCAUCCCCAGCGAGGACACGGUGUUCACCCCGGUGGAGGAGGGGCUGCGGGGGCUGGACGCCUCGGCCGAGCUCAACUCCAGCAUGGAGGACCUGCUGGAGGGGGACAGCACGGUCACCUUCAGGUCAGAGGUCGCGGUGCUGUCCCCCGAGCAGGCGGGUGCCCAGGACGCCUCCUACACCGACGACGUCACGCACCACCAGAAGUGCAAGGAGAAGAUGGAGGCGGAGGAGGAGGAGGCGCUGGCCAUCGUCAUGGCGAUGUCCGAGUCCCAGGACGCCCUGCCCACCAUCCCCCAGCUGCAGGUGGACAAGGGGGAGGACGUAAUCAUCAUCCAGGUGGAUACCCCAGAGACCCUACCUGGCCAUACCAAAGCGAAGCAGCCCUACAGAGAGGGGGUGGAGUGGCUGAAGGGCCAGCAGAUCGGGCUGGGGGCCUUCUCCUCCUGCUACCAGGCCCAGGACGUGGGCACCGGGACCCUGAUGGCCGUGAAGCAGGUGACGUACGUGAGGAACACCUCCUCGGAACAGGAGGAGGUGGUGGAGACCCUGCGGGAUGAGAUCCGCAUGAUGGGCCACCUCAACCACCCCAACAUCAUCCGCAUGCUGGGGGCCACCUGCGAGAAGAACAACUACAACCUGUUUGUGGAGUGGAUGGCAGGUGGCUCCGUGUCCCAUCUGCUGAACAAGUACGGGGCCUUCAAGGAGGCCGUGAUCAUCAACUACACGGAGCAGCUUCUGCGUGGCCUGGCCUAUCUGCACGAGAACCAGAUCAUGCACAGAGACAUCAAAGGUGCCAACCUGUUGAUUGACAGCACAGGCCAGAGGCUGCGGAUUGCGGAUUUCGGAGCAGCGGCCAGGCUGGCCUCCAAGGGAACAGGCGCCGGAGAGUUCCAGGGCCAGCUCCUGGGCACCAUCGCCUUCAUGGCCCCCGAGGUGCUGAGGGGGCAGCAGUACGGGCGAAGCUGUGACGUGUGGAGCGUGGGCUGUGCCAUCAUCGAGAUGUCCUGCGCCAAGCCGCCCUGGAACGCAGAGAAACACUCCAACCACCUGGCGCUCAUAUUCAAGAUCGCGAGUGCCACGACAGCGCCGUCGAUCCCGCCGCACGUCAGCCCGGGCCUGCGGGACGUCACCCUGCGCUGCCUGGAGCUGCAGCCCUCCGACCGGCCGGCGUCACGCGAGCUCCUCAAACACCCCGUCUUCCGCCUCAACUGGUAGAGCCCGCACCG